GUAAACUUCUUCUAAUUUUGAAUUAUCGUAUACUGUAAAUCAAGCUGUAUACGUCGGAGAUUGAAGUUUGAGAGUAGGUGUAUGCUAAGACGUCUGCUCGCAGCUGAAGCAUACGCAAGCUCGUGUUUGAGUUCGUAUAAAAUACACAGGUUUGAGUAAACAAAUACGAUGUCGAAAAAAAACAAUGUUAAUUAUUGUGGCGUUCCACAUUGCAAAAACAUUCAGGGAGAAAAUGUUCGUUAUUACCGUCCACCAAAGGACAAAAAAUUGUUUAAAAAAUGGUGGAUCGCAUUAAAAUUGAAAAAAUUAACUCCAAAUACAAAAGUUUGUUCUGCACAUUUUGAUAAUUUUGAUUUUUUUCCAUCAAGAGCGGAUGGAGGCAUGAAAAAAAUAAAAAAAGGGGUUAUCCCUUCAAAAAACUUACCACAAACUUUAGUGACUGAAAGAAAGAAAAACCCACAAUUGAUCAAAGAGCGUUUGGAAAGAGCCCGACAAAGAUCGAUUAAAAAACAGAGUACAGACAUAUUGAUAGAAGAAAACCAAGACAUUGAAAAAAAUGCAGAGGAUUCGUCUGAAGAUUUUCAAUUACAACAACAAGAAAAUGAUCCUGUUGCUGACGAAACUGAACAAUUUGAGCAAGAUGUAUAUCAACCAUGGAAAAUAGAUAAAGAAACUAGUACAGAAUCAGUAUUGAAAGUGGACAAAGGAACUUGCACAGAUGUAGUGGAGGAACCAUCAAUAGUGCAUAAACUUAUAGAUAGUGAUGAGGCUCUAAUAACAUUUUGUGGGAUACAAUCAGUUGCAGAGUUAGAAGCCUUGGUGAAAUGUGUUAAAGUUCUUCGCUCAAAUUUCAAAAUAAGAUCUGUUCGGUUACCUAUCAAAGAUGGUAUUCUUUUGACCCUCAUGAAACUGAAGCAAAAUUUUUCAUAUACCUUAAUUAGUUAUUUCUUCAAAAUAAGUGUUACAUUGUGUAAAAAAUAUUUUAUUCACUACCUUAAAGAACUGUAUACAAUUCUUUCACCUCAAAUAAGGUGGCCGUCAAAGGCUGAAAUUCUAGAUAACAUGCCCAAGUGCUUUGCCAAAUAUAAGAUGACAAGAGUAGUGUUAGAUUGUUUAGAAAUAACUACAAUGAAAACAAAGUGUUUAAAAUGUAGAAUCCCAACCUACUCUGUGUACAAGUGCAAUCAUACCGUCAAGUUCAUGAUUGGAGUUGCACCGUCUGGAUUGACUACAUUUGUAAGUAAAGCUUAUGGAGGAAGAGUGUCAGAUAAACAAAUCUUUCUACGCUCAAGACUCUUGGACCGACUUAAAAGAGGUGUGGAUGCAGUGAUGGUCGAUAAAGGAUUUUUAAUUGAUAAAGAAUGCGCUGAGCUGGGCAUAAAGUUAAUUAGACCUCCAUUUCUCAGAAAAAAUUCUCAAUUUACUCCUCAACAGUCAACAUCAAANUGGCGUACCGCGACACUAAUGCCCCGCUUCAGGCGCUACUCUUGCCCCAUUAAGACAUGUUUUUAA